AUGGCUCAACAGACUCUCUCGUCGGCGAUGCCACCGACCGACAUCUACGGCGGAGAUGAGGUCUCGGCGCUGGUUCUCGAUCCCGGCUACUGCCAGACGCGCGCGGGCUUCGCCGGCGAGGAAAUGCCCAAACAGGUCAUCCCGUCCUUCUACGGCCACAUCGAUGGGCGGGACAUCUUCGGGGACGAGGUGAUCCUGCCGCGUGCCAACUUCGAAGUGCGCAACUAUAUGAACCGCGAUAGCGUAGUCGAGGACUGGGACGGAGCCACCAAAAUCUGGGAGCACCUCUUGUGCAAGCGCCUGCAACCCGAACGCCCGACGCCCCCGAGCAAGAACGGGCUCAACAUCGGCGACGGGGACGGGGACGGCGACGUAUCCAUGGAAGACGCUAGUGGUGGCGGCGCCGAGAACAGUGUCGGCGACCUCGAAAAGCCGCUGGCCGAGAACCCGGUGCUCAUGACAGAAGCGCCCUGGAACUCCGCUAAGGCCCGAGAGAAGGCGAUCGAGAUCUGCAUGGAGAGCUGGGGGUGCCCGGCCUUCUGGCUCAGUCGGACGCCGGUGCUGGCGGCGUUCGCGGCCGGCAAGGCGACAGCCCUGGUGGUGGACGUUGGUGGCGCCAACACGAGCGUCACGGCCAUCCACGACGGCACAGUCCUCAAACGGUCAAUCCAGCGGUCGCCCAUCGGCGGGCUGUGGCUGAGCAACCAAAUCCGCUCCAUGUGGGAGACGAGCGACCCACGUGUCGACCUGGUGCCGACUUUCAUGGUGGAGAACAAGAAGCCCGUCGAGGCAGGCGCCCCUGCCGAGGCCCGCCUUCGCAACUUCCCGUUCCCCAUCGCGCCCUCGUUCCGCGCCUUCGAGGAAGAGCGAGUACUUACGGAGUUCAAGGAGUCGGUCGUCGAGGUGUGGCGCGGCCCCGGCCGCUUCCAGCCCAACGAAGACUACGCUAAGAGCCAGCCGGGCCGCGUCUUCGAGAUGCCCGACGGGAGCAACCAGAUGUGGCGCGAGCAGCGGUACCGCGUGUCCGAGGGCAUGUGGGAUGAUACGGUCGCCUUCGACCAGCACGAAGGGCGUGUGGCUAAGAGCCAGACGAUUCCCGGGCUGAUCAAGGCCGCGCUCGACGGCGUCGACGUUGACCUCCGCCCUAACCUGGUCGGCAACAUUGUUGUGACUGGUAGCACCAGUCUCCUCAAUGGCUUCAACGACCGCCUUAACCAGGAGCUCACCAACAUGUACCCCGGUCUCAAGAUCAAGAUCCACGCGGCAGGCCUGACGAGUGAGCGCCGCUUCGGCGCCUGGAUCGGCGGAAGCAUUCUCGCUAGUUUGGGAACCUUCCACCAGAUGUGGAUCUCGAGGAAGGAGUACGAUGAGAACGGCGCUGGCAUUGUCGAGAAGCGCUGUAAGUAG